AUGUCACACGCGCUGGACUUCUUCCAAGGCCUCUGGGUCCAGCACCCCUGGGCAAUUGUCCUCAGCGUAGCUGGCUAUAUCGCGGUGGUUCGACUUUUACGAUACCGUCGUGUGAAAGCGAUCGAUGCCCCUUUUGCCCAUGGCCAGAGGAAACUGUCCAGUAUGACAAGUGAGGAGGCGCAUGUUAUCAUCAGCCAACUGCAGGAGCUCGAAUUCCCAUACGCUUUCAACAAGGCGCGCAAGAUCGCUCUGCUCAAGGCGGGUGGCAUCCCAACAAUGUCCAAGCUCUUCGCCGUGACGGGCCAGAACAACAAGCGCAACUCGGGCAAACGUGCCGUGGACACGGAGAUCCUCCUCCGAGAAGCUCAGUCACAGCCUCGCGACUCGAAUCGCUAUAGCACUGCGGUCGCGAGAAUGAACUAUCUACACGCCCGCUACCGCAAAGCCAACAAGAUCACGGACCCAGACCUCCUACAUACCCUCGGUGACGGACUCGCAGAGAUUCUCAAUGUGAUUGACCGAGACGAAUGGCGCAAGCUGACGGACGUCGAGAAAUGUGCCCUGGGUGUCUUCCACAAGAACCUGGGCGAAGACAUGGGAAUUCCCUUUGAGCCCCUUGCUUCCUCGCACGAAGGCUGGCGCGAUGGGCUGCACUUCGCAAUGGAGCUACGCGACUGGACGAUCCGCUACGAAGAGGCAGUGGCCCGGCCCGUCGCGACGAACGAUCAAUACGUGCGGGUGUAUGUCGAUGCGGCGAUGGCUGGGCUCCCUGGCUUUGUCACGAAGACGGUGCGGAAGAUGUUGGCUGCGGACCUGGACGAGGUCAUGCGGACGAGUCUUUGCCUCGAGAAGCCCGGCCCCAUUCUUGUCUUCGUAGUGUCCUGCAUCCGCCAAACACGCAAAGUCUUCCUCCGAUGCUUCGCCCUCCCGCGCUUCUCCGCUGUCAAACCCGUGCAUGAAACGGCCGAUCCGAGGACGAAUCGAUAUCACUUCGACAGACACACCCUACAGCCAUGGUAUAUGGAACCGACCCUAUGGUCAACCUGGGGACCAGGUGCGUUGCUUGUGAGGAUGCUCGGAGGGAAAGUGCCGGGCUCGCGGGGGGACCGCUACCAUCCUCAGGGAUACGAUCUUAUGACGAUUGGGCCCGACCCUCAGAAGGAACGAGGCGCGGAGGAGAUGAGAUCUGAUAUUGAGGUGAUCAAGGCGAGGGCCAUGGCGACUUGUCCAUUCUCGCAAGCCAAGGCGGGAGGCUUUAAUUGA